AUGACCUACCCAGACACUCUGUUGUCGGAUGAUUUAAGCACCGAUCGUCUCUUCCCUCCAUCAAACAUUCAUCAUCAACAACGGGAACUGGGAAAACAGGCCACCGACAGCCGGUCAACUUCGCGUCGUUCCCGCUCUUCAACGUCUCGUCGUUCUUCUGCAAAGCGAACAGAAACUACUUGGCCUCGUAUUUUCAAUGCAAGCGAAAUGUCAUCGGCAACUACCUCUGGUCACUCUGAUGCGCAGUUGUGGGCACGCGGCAAUCACUCUUGUUUCGAUCUGAUGGAUGGUUAUCCCGACUACAAGCAAAACUACGCAAAGAAGUCUCUUAAGAAGAACCGUCAAGUUAAUCAAAGCGAUUUUGAGGGCUCCAAGGAUGCAAUCAUCGAUGGAUAUGUUCAUCGUUUGGGUGAUGAUGCGCUCUUCCCACCGGCUCGUGUUGUUAGUGACACUAAUCAGAGAGGCGGCAAAUGUUUGGUGAUGUCAUUGACGGAACUUCGCUCAUCGGAUUCCAGCCAGAGUUACGGACAACCG